AAAAAUCGACUGCUUUACUCUCAAGUUCAGUGCUCAGUUGGCUUUUGUGAAUCAUCAGAAAGUGAUUAGUGUUUAAAAAAAAUCCUCCUGGCUCAACUGGUGAAAAAUCUUCCUGACUCAACUGGUGAAAGUUUUCGAACCUGCAAUGAGAGGCAAUUUGAUGCUAUGGCAUGUCUCCUUGAUUCGCCGUUACUCUGAAGAUGGUUCCGUUCUGGCUCGGCGCUUGCUUGCCGUCUCUACCGGGUUACCAGGCGUGGCAUAGCGUCUUCUGAUCCGACCACGUCUCUGAAAUUCUGCGAUGUUUUACGAUGAAUAAUCAUCCUGAAUACUCAUCUCCAGAGUUUCCAACAUAUGGGCAUCAACAUCAGGAUUCUUCUGAUGGACCUCAAAGGUUACCAUAUCAUAAUACUCCAGAAUUAUCCAGGAAUGAAGGACUUAUAUCUUACCCAAUUUCUUUUAGAAAAAAAGCCCCAUUCAGUUGUAAUUAUUCAUCAACACAUGAAUCCAGACAAACAUUUUCUAAUAAAGAAAGUAAUACUUGUAAAUAUGAUUCACAACAAUAUAGACAUUCUAGAGAUGGUAUACUUAGUUCUGGUAGGUGUUCUCAAAUUGAUCCAAGAAUGCGUCGGCAAAGUGCACCAAGGACUAAUUUCUUGAAUGAAUCCUUAGGUCAUUCCUAUUCUAAUAUGGAAAAACUGGAUCCAAAAACCUCUUCACUCUCUGAUUUAAAGCAAAAUCAAGAAACUUCUGAGUUUCAAACUGAGUUACAUUCAAUUUCAAAAAAUUUUUUUUCAAGAGAGAAUGCAUUGUAUGGUGAUUUGUUACUUUCUGGUUCAACGAGAAAUAGAAAGUUUGGGAGAGAUUUUACUUAUCAAAAUGAACAGACCUUCUCCUCUAAAUCACAUUUAAAUGAAACGUUAUCAAGUCCUAUAUAUUCAAAGAGUGCUUCUUUUACCAAUAAUAAAACUUUCUCUAAUGAACCUAGUCCAGAUACAGACUUUCCACAUAACAAUUUAUCCAUUGAUAUGCCACAUUCUGGAAAUCAUAAUUUUAAACCUCAUGCUAUACAGAAACAAGUCAAAGAGAUUCACACUGUUUUGAAAGAACCAAAAAGACCAAAGGAAAGUAAUAAAAGAGUAUCUUUGUCAUCCCCUUCUGAGUCAUCUGUCCCUGCUAGUGUUGAAGAUAAGAGUUUGGAUAAUUUGCAAUCAGCAUCAAAAUCAUUCUAUAGCCAGAUAUUACCUAAAAAAAUAAGUUGGGACAAAAACACAACAGAUAUAAGAGAACAAUCUCAAAUAUCAAAUAAUAGUGAAAUGUCUUACUCUGAAUCAUCUCAAACUUCAGAAAAUAUAUUUUCUGGUAAAUUUUCUAUGUAUUCACAGUCCUCUGCUAAUAAAUCUCAUGAAAUUCAUGAGAGCGAUGUUUUGAAUUUGAGAGAAUCUAAACCUUUGAAAAACUCAUUAGAGUCUCAAAAUACCUGUGUAAUUCAAAAUUCAAGUCAUAAAAUGAAUGAUAAGAAAAUGAAUUAUCCUACCAUUGUUGGGAUAAUGCCUCGAAGCACAAUUACCUCACCUAAUAAUGCAAAAUCUUUAAAGGAAGAUGAAAAGGUGAAUAAUUUUGAUAACAAUUUUUCAACUGAACAAAACAUUUGUGAAAAUUCACAGGACAGUUUAAAUGAAAAUAUCUUUCCAAGUAACAGAUUAUCUGAAACUUCUAAUGCAAAAACUGAUAAAUCCUUACUUGGGAAAUCAUUUAAUAAUAGCAGUUUAUGUAAACAUCUUGAAUUAUCUGCAAGUUGUUUAACUAUUUCGCAUGAAAAAUUGCCUUCAAAUCAGUGGAUAACUUCGAAAUCUCCAGAAAGAGUUUUGAAUAAAAGUUUUGAAUCAAGAAAUUAUUCGCCAAACUUUGAUAGAUCUGUUCCUACUAAUGAAUCACAGGAUUCUGAUAACUUACGUUUAAAAAAUAGUUUAAGUGAGAAUCGCAAAUCAACUAACAAACGCCCACCAUCUCCUCCUGAUGGAAAGGUAUCCUCAGAUGAAUGCCAAAAAUCUCUACCUGUAAAUUUAAAAGAUUCUUUUAAUAAGUGUUUUGAAAUAAUAAAAGAUUACCCAUCAGUUGUCUUUAAAAAUCAGGAACUGAAAGGUAAAACCUUAUCUGCAAAAAAUAAUUCUAAUAAAAGUCAUGAAACAACUCAAAAGAUUUCUCCAAAUCCUAUUAAAAAUAUUUCAACAAAUGAAUCUUCAAAAUCUGCUUCCAUUCCUUUCCUUAAUGAAGAUAAUGAUAUCCAAUCAUUAUCGUCUAUCAUUAAUGUUGUCAGAGAUGAUUUAUCACAGGAAACUAAGUCUUCUGGUGCACCUUUGUUGAAUUCAGUAAGGAGCGUUUCUCGAGGAAUUUUCAAAAAUGAAUCAGCUCUGGAGUAUGCACUUGAAGAAAUAAGCAGUCCAGUUGUUGGUUUGGAUUAUAUUGUGGAAGAUAGAAGAAGUUUACCAAUAGAAGGGCGUUUUCCAUUCAAGUGCACGUUAUGCAAUUCUUCCAUUGCAAAAACUUCAAUUCUUGAUCACAUUCAAGGAUCUAAGCAUAGAUUAAGAUAUUUGAAAAUAAAAGAUGGCGCUGCUUUUGAUCGUAUUAUGAGAACAGAGGAUCAGCAUAAUGAUAUAGAGGCUUUAUUAUGUGAAGCUUCUGCAAAGCUGGAGCAAAAAUAUGGACGAGGACGCGUUAUUGUGUCUCUUGAAUCAGCAUGUAAAGGUGCUAAAAAGGAACCUUCUGUGAAUAUUCACAGAAUUUCCAGUAAUUAUGUGGAUGUUGAUUUUGAAUCUACUUCUGAGUCUGAUGCUAAGGAUUUAGAAACAAACAGUGCUGUAGAAAGUGAACCUGAAAAACUAGCCAAUUCAACUUUAUUUGAAUCUAAGGAAGUAGAAGAUGCUUCAUCUAAGAAUUCAAUUACUUCAUGUUUUGGUAGUUUACCCAAGCAGAAUUUUGAUCAUGGAAAUAAGGGAUUGAAAAUUUUAUCUCACAGCAUAUCAGAAAGAGCAACAAAUAUGGAAGAAAUAACUGAAGUUUGUAAAAUUGAUAAAUCUUCUGUAGUUCAAUGUGAAGGCUCUCUAAAUGCUCAAAAAGAAGAUUCUUCAAUUGAUAAAAGUUAUUCUAGUGGAAAUAUAUCAUUUAAAAGGUCAUUUCCACCCUAUGAUAAUGAAACUUAUAAGAAUACUAAAAGGCAACAUCUGGAAAAUCCAAAUAUGGAAACGUUUUGGUCGACUGAUUUCAUGGUUCAGAGUAAUCCUGAGCCACUAUCAAAUAAAGGAUCAGCAACUUCACAAAUCACCGCAUCAUAUAUUUUCAAUCCAUUAAUAUUGGAUCAAAUGUCUAAAUGGGAUAUUUCUUCUGAAAAUGAAGCUGACAUUCUUAUGAUAAUUGUUGGAGAGUUUUUGAAACUUUUGUUGCAAUACAAAUAUAAGGAUCACAGCAAUGCUGUUAUAGAGAAUUUGAUGAAUUGUGUUUGCAACAAGUCAACUGAAGAAAUAUUCAAGAUUUUUAGUAAUUUGAAUAUGUCUGCUGCCAACACUAUAAAAGGAGAAGUAUCUGCAAUUGUAUCGAAGAAUGAUAAUGCUAGUAAAUCUACACUAGUGUUAGAAGAUAAUGCUGUAACAGGACAUCAAAUGGAGAGUCAGAAUUUGUCUCAGAACAACUCAACUGUGUCAGAUACUGAAAUGCCCGAAUCAAGUAAACAGCUUGUCGAAACAUCAAAUUCUGCUUCCUUGAUUAAUACUUCCAACUCCUCAGAUUAUCGUUUCUCUGAAAAGCCACCAUUUUACGGUUGGCCAACUUCAAAUAAUGGGUCAGCAACACAUGGUCAAACUUCUGUUACCAUAUCUCAAACUGCUCAAAAUAAUACUACCUGGAGUUCAUCCUAUCCAUAUCACCAGAAGCAUGGUUUUACUGUUUCACCUGUGUAUCAGCCGUAUGGUUUUCCCCCAGUUCCACCUGUUCCUCCUGUGUCGGUGCCUAUGGUUGCUCAAUCUUCACCAGUCAUGCCACCAGGAUUCAUACCACCAUUACCUCCUCCUCAGCAGGGUGCAGUGCCAUUGCCUCCAUUUUCUGGUGUUACUUCUGUUCCUUUGCCACCAUUACCUCCACCACUACUACCUAGUGAACUUCCUCCUCUUCCAAGAGAAAAUUUUUCAAUAUUUCUUUAAAACAUAUUAGUAAGUUUAUUUUGUACUUUUUCAUGCUGCUACUCUUUGUUGAAAUGAUGAAUAAACAUGUUCGUUUAUAUUAUCAUCUUUUGAUUAAUUAUUAUGAAUUUUUCAAUAUGAUAUUGUCUUUAGUUGUACAUAAAGGAAAAAAAAUUCUUUGAUUUUAGUUUUAAAUCUUGAAUUGAUUAAUGAUAAAAAAAAUGUCUAAUAAAUGUAUUUGUUGUGUGGUUAAUGUCAGUGAAAUAAUGUAAUUGUGCUAUGAAAUACACUUCUCAAUCUUUGUUGUGCUUUUACACAUCUCAAUUGUUGUAUGCAUCUCAAUUUUUGCUUUUUAUGUAUUUUCAAGUAUAAGAUAACACAAUGUUUUUUAGAAUAGAUGAAAUCAUUAGAUUUAUCAUAAUUUGUUUUAUCAUUUUCUUUCAUAUUUUCAGCCCAAUAUGCAAUUGAUUAUUAUUUAGAGCAUUAUCAAAUUGAAAAGAGACCAUAGAAUUGCUUAUUGUCAUCUUAAUCAUCCAUGAUGUCAUUUCUUUAUAAUAAAAUUAUAUUAAUAGUAUAAGGGAAAAAAAUGCUGUGACAAAAUUCUCAUUUUGUCAUUUGAAGAAUUCAAAACCCUGUUUUUAACAAUAUGCAUUAUGACAUCGAGCUUAAAGAAAUACAUAACAUUCUUGUGUAAAAUUAAUCUGUAUAGUGAUAGAAUGAAUUAUUUGAAUUUAU